AUGAGACGAAGCGACUAUCACAUACUGAAAGGAAAAACGACCAACGAGUGUAGGGGGAAAAACUGUUGUUGCGCGCAUGCGCUAACUUCGAUGACGAAGGAAUCGAAAAAAGAAUCUGCGUUUGGAUGGAAACUAGCUUAUGUUAUCGGUCUGUCAAGCAUCGCGUUUUUGGGAGGAGUCCGUGUUGGUGUUGCUGGAGCUAUUAGAUCUCGCAGUCAAGACGUAGAAGAAGAAAUUCAUUCGCAGUCCGCGCAUGCUCGCUCGACAGAGAGUCCGACCAGAGUUGCUCGACGCGCAUUGGCCUGGGCGACAUUGAUCAACGUGGGAUGUAUGAUAAUAGUCGUACAAGGAAUGAAAAUGACUCUAGGUUGUAAAAAUCUUACUGAGCUUCGAUUGAAACUGGAAGAACUCGCAAGGCACAAAGAAACAUAAUUAAUUAACAGUGGUGUGCUUACUCUUCAGGAAAUAUUGUGUCCAGCAAGUUGAGUUGAUAGCAAUAAAUAGCAUAUCUGUAAGCCGCUUAGCGUUCUCAUUUUCUAUCAUUUUUGGAGUAAAUCGUCGUGGCAACCGGUUUUUGUAUAGCAGUGAUGUUGUUGAGUG